AUGGCUUCAUCUCAAUGUCCCAUAGAUCGAAACUUCAUUGUAGUGGAUUUCCACUAUAAUGGAACGUUUGCACCCAACCCAUUAGUAUACUUUGAUCCCGACAAACAAUCAGUAGGAGAUGUUGACUUCAGUGCAUUUGAGUACGAGGAGUUCAUGGAAUUCCUUCAAAAGCUCACCAGAACUAGAAGCAAAGACAUUUACUUCUGCCUUCCACAAGAGUCUUUAAGUCAGGGAAUUCAUACACUGGUGAAUGACGGUGAUUACAAAGAAUUUUUGGAUUUGGCUUAUGCAAAUGAGAGGAGAAUGAAUGUGUAUGUGGACCACUAUAAUGAACCAAUCUUCGAAUGGAUUGAGGAAGAGGAAACUGAAGAUCAAGACUACAACUGUGAAGAGGAUGAAGACUCAGUAUUCUCGGAGACUUAUUCUGUUGACCAUAAAGAAGAUGAUGUUGAAUAUCCAUUCCUAGCCAACAAAACCAAGGGUGACAGGUUCUUAAACAAACUUUGUCUAGACACAUUAGAUGAAGAUGUUGAAUAUCUUGAACCUCGAUACCCUGUACAUGAUGAUAGACAACCAUGGAAUCAGAUGAAACCACUGUUAGGUAUGCAAUUUUCUAACCCUGAUGAGCUUAAAAACAUGUUGAGCAACUAUGCAGUUGCUAAUGGAUAUGAUCUCUGGGUGUUUAAGUUUGGGUCCAUAGUAACUUAUAAGUGGUUAGGAAAACAGUUUAUGAGUGAAAUUAUAGAGAAGCCAAAAAUGAGUGUUAGGAAGAUGAAAGCUAUAGUUUCAACAACAUUCAAUAUAAAUGUGAGUGAGGGGCAAUGCAGAAAUGCAAAGAAAUUUGCAUUACAAGAAAUUGAAGGAAGUCUAAUUGAACAUUAUGGGAGAUUAUGGUCAUAUGGUCAUGAAAUUCUGAGGACAAACCCUGGGUCUACUGUGAGGAUGGAUGUAGACAUCAUGCCAGAUUCCACAACUUUGUUUUCUAAGUACUAUGUCUGCUUUAAAGCUAUAAGUGAUGGUUGGAAGGAAGGGUGCAGGCCUGUGAUUGGCCUUGAUGAUUGCUUUCUAAAGGGUAUUGUUAGGGGAGAAGUUUUGGCAGCUGUAGGGAGGGAUGCAAACAACCAAAUCUACCCUAUAGCAUGGGCUGUAGUUGGAGUUGAGAACAAGGCCACAUGGAAGUGGUUCAUAGAUCUCCUCAUGGAUGAUAUUGAUGGUGGUCUUGGUGCAGGCAUUACCCUUCUUUCUGAUGGACACAAGGGGUUGCUAGAAGCAGUAAAAGAAAGGUGUCCAGAAGCUGAACACAGACAAUGUGCCAGGCACAUUGUGGCUAAUUUUGCUAAAAGGUUUACCGGUCAACAUUUCAGGAAGCUUUUUUGGAGGGCUGUUAGAGCUAGUACUGAACAGAAGUUCAAACAUGUAAUGGAAAAGAUCAAAUCUUUAGAUACUCAAGCAUAUGAGUACCUUAUAGACAGAGAUCCUACUACCUGGUCUAAGGCAUUUUUUAAAGAGGGCAGAGACUGUGAUGCAGUUGAGAAUGGGGUGAGUGAGAGUUUCAAUUCUGCUAUUAGGCAUGCUAGAAGGAAACCAAUCAUCACUAUGCUAGAGGAGAUUAGGAUAUUUGUGAUGGAGAGGAUAUACAGUCAAAGAGUAGAAGGAAUUGAAUGGGAUUUGAAUAUCUGUCCAAGUAUUAGGAAGCGUAUACAAGAUUUGAAGGUUAAACAGAGAUUGUGGGGGGUUACUCCUUGUGGUUAUCAAAAGUAUGAAGUUAGGUUCAAUGAUGCAGCAUAUGGAGUGGAUCUAAUUGCAAAGACUUGUGCAUGCAGAAUAUGGCAACUUACAGGGAUACCAUGCUUACAUGGAGUAGCUGCAAUCUCUUCCCUGAAUCAAGAUGCAGAAACAUAUGUGUCCCAAUCAUACAGUAAAGAGGCUUUUCUAAAAUGCUAUAAUUAUAGCAUUAACCCUCUCAAUGGUAGUGAUAUGUGGGAAGAAGUUCCUUAUCGAAAGCCUUUGCCUCCCAAAAGAAGAAGAUUACAUGGUAGGCCAUCAGUGAAAAGGAAGAGGGAUGCAGUGGAAAGGGAGUUGAGUGGACCAAUUAGACAUUCUGUGACAAGAAGGGGAUCCCUGAUAAAGUGUAGUAUUUGCAAGGAACCAGGUCAUAACAAGAUAAAGUGUCCAUCUAAGCAGCAAACAAAUACAUCAGGUAAAUGUCCCAAUUAUAUGAACAUAAUACAUCAUUUUGAUAUGUAAUCUUGAGACUUCAAUUUUUUUGCAGCACCAAGUUCA